GGGGAGGGCGCGGGGAGGCGGGGCCUGGGCCCAGCGGGCGCCGAGGCGCGGGCCCGGGCGGGGCUGCUGCGGGUCUGGGGGCCGCCGCGCCCCCUCCCGGCCCGCCGAGCCGCAGGCCCCUCCUCCGCCCGCCGCCCCCACGCCCGCCGGCGCCGCCCGACACCGAACCGCCGCUGCUUGCCCGCAGGAGCAGCCCGAGCCGGCGGGGGAGAGCCUCGGGCGCGGCCUCCCCGGCUCAGCACCGCGGACAGUACCGCGCGGCCCCGCAGCCCCCCGCGCCCCGGCCCGCAGCAGCACCGCGGACAGCACCGCGGACGGCCCCGCGCCCCGCCGCGCCGCGCUCCCGGAUCAUGGCCACCGAGGUGCACAAUCUGCAGGAGCUGCGGCGCAGUGCUUCCCUGGCCACCAAGGUCUUCAUCCAGAGAGACUACAGCGAUGGAACCAUCUGCCAGUUCCAGACCAAAUUCCCCCCUGAGCUGGACAGCCGGAUCGAGCGGCAGCUCUUUGAGGAGACAGUGAAGACCCUCAACAGCUUCUACUCGGAGGCGGAGAAGAUUGGGGGAAGCUCCUACCUGGAGGGCUGCCUGGCCUGUGCCACCGCCUACUUCAUCUUCCUCUGCAUGGAGACCCACUACGAGAAGGUGCUCAAGAAGAUCUCCCGCUAUAUCCAGGAGCAGAACGAGAAGAUCUUCGCCCCGCGUGGCCUCCUGCUCACCGACCCAGUGGAGCGUGGCAUGAGAAUCGAGAUCUCCAUCUACGAGGACCGGUGCAGCAGCGGCAGCUCCAGCAGCGGCAGCAGCAGCGGCAGCGGCCUGAGCAGCGGCGGGGGCGGCGGGGCCGGGGCGCGGUGACUGGCCGAGAGCCCCUGCGGGGAGGUGUACGGCCGCGCCGACGGCCUGGCAGACCUGCGGAGGCUGCGCUACCAGAGCACCCGCUUCUGAGUCACUCUGUACCCCGGCCUCCCGCUGCCCCUCGGCUGCCCCGGGAGGG